CCGUCCUGCCCACGUGGUGCUGCCUUACUUCCCAUUGGCCAACGGUUCCUCCUCCUCCCUUCCCCCGCGGGCCCUGGUUGGUCAGGUAUGAUGUCACCCAGGCCGCCUCCCUCUGCCUAUUGGGUGGCGCUCCUGUCCGUCAGGUAGCGGAGGCGGUAGGGGGCGGCGGCGGCCAUUUUGGAGUAGAGCGCGGGGCCGAGCGGAGCGGGGGACGUGCGGGCGCGGAGGCUGCCCCUCCACCGCCGCUAUGGCAGCCCCGAUCGGUACCGGCGCCCGCGCGGGAGAGACUGGACAGGAGAAACAGGACACACAGGAGAAGGAAACUGUCAGCCCCGAGAGAGCAGAAGAGGCAAAGCUGAAGGCCAAAUACCCCAACCUAGGCCAGAAGCCUGGAGGCUCUGACUUCCUCAUGAAGAGGCUGCAGAAAGGGCAAAAGUACUUUGAUUCUGGUGACUACAACAUGGCCAAGGCAAAGAUGAAGAACAAGCAGCUGCCCAGCAUGGGGCCAGACAAGAACCUGGUGACAGGAGACCACAUCCCCACGCCUCAGGACCUGCCCCAGAGAAAGUCCUCCCUUGUCACCAGCAAGCUGGCAGGGUAGCCUGCACCCCCAGGCUCUUGGGUUUUGCUUCUCCUUCCUCUUUCUUUUCUGUUUUCUUUGGUCUUUUCUUUUCCUUUUGGCUCAAAUGGAUUGAACCUCACAGUCCCAGAGGGGUGGGAGCACCCCAUGUAGUUCUUGUGAGUGCUUACAGUGAACCCCCCCAGAGAAGGUCAGCAAGAGGCAUCCCUGGCCUGGGACUCACAGGGAGGCUUGAGCUUGGCUUUAGCCUUAAGCCUUCCUGCUGUUUGAAACCAUCCUCACCUGCAGAGCCACUCAAGUGCUGGCUUCUCCUUGGGGGUCCAGG